AUGUCUAGAGCCAACAGCUCCAGCCUGACCCCAGAAUUCUUUAUCCUCAAUGGUGUUCCUGGGCUGGAAGAUGCACAUGUCUGGAUCUCUCUGCCAUUCUGCUUCAUGUAUAUGAUUGCUGUGGUGGGGAACUGUGGGCUUAUCUACCUCAUUGGCCAUGAGGAGUCUCUGCACCGGCCCAUGUACUACUUUUUGGCCUUACUCUCCUUCACUGAUGUUACCUUGUGCACAACCACAGUGCCUAAUAUGCUGUGCAUAUUCUGGUUCAACUUCAAGAAGAUUGAGUUUAAUUCCUGCCUUGCCCAGAUGUUCUUUGUCCACAUGUUGACUGCAAUGGAGUCUGGUGUGCUCAUGCUCAUGGCCCUGGACCGGUAUGUGGCCAUCUGCUAUCCUCUUCGCUAUACCACCAUCCUCACCAACCCUGUGAUUGCCAAGGCUGGGCUUGCUACAUUCUUGAGAAGUGUCAUGCUCAUCUUUCCAUUCACUCUCCUCACCAAGCGCUUGCCCUAUUGCAGAGGCACCCUUAUCCCUCACACUUACUGUGAUCACAUGUCUGUGGCUAAGGUAUCCUGUGGCAAUGCCAAGGUCAAUGCAAUCUAUGGUCUCAUGGCUGCUCUGUUGAUUGGUGUGUUUGACAUUUGCUGUAUCUCUGUGUCUUACACUAUGAUACUGAGAGCUGUGGUGAGUCUGUCCUCUGCUGAUGCUCGUCACAAGGCCUUCAGCACCUGCACAUCUCACAUUUGUGCUAUUGUGAUCACUUAUGUGCCUGCAUUUUUUACCUUUUUCACUCAUCGUUUUGGAGGACACACUAUUCCCCACCACAUCCACAUCAUAGUGGCCAACCUCUACCUACUCCUGCCCCCUACCAUGAACCCAAUUGUUUAUGGAGUCAAGACCAAGCAGAUUCGGGAAAGUGUAAUCAAGUUUUUACUUGGAGAUAAAUUGGGCAUUAACUAA